AGCUAUACAACUCUUUCAUUUCUACAUUAGGCAAGAAGCUCCUAGGGUUUGAGAGAGAUGGCUUCGAAAAGAUCAGCAUCACUUGCCCUCUUUUUUGCACUCAACAUUCUCUUCUUUUCUCUUGUCAGUGCUUGUGAUUCUUGCCCUUCCCCAAAACCAAGACCAAAGCCCACACCGUUCCCAUCUCCUUCUGCAAAAGGCAAAUGCCCUAGAGAUGCCCUUAAAUUAGGUGUAUGUGCAAAUGUGCUUGGUUUAGUCAAUGUCACUAUUGGUUCACCCCCAGUGCAGCCAUGUUGCUCCCUUCUCCAAGGCCUUGCUGAUCUUGAAGCUGCUGUUUGCCUUUGCACAGCAAUCAAAGCCAACGUUUUGGGCAUCAACCUCAAUGUCCCAGUUUCCCUCAGCUUACUUCUCAAUGUCUGCUCAAGGAAAGUUCCAUCUGGCUUCCAAUGUCCCUGAUCACUGUUGCAAAUUCUUUGUCUUUUUGGUGUUUUUCAUGGUUUUGAAGGUCUAAUUAAUUGUCUGUUCGCAUUGGUAACUCCUUGUUUCCUUGUGGAUUCAUAUUGAAUAAAUAAACUACUAUUUAUUUAUGAAUAA